AUGCCUCCCGAACGAAAUGUAUACCGUGGGGCGGACUCGCUCAAACAAUAUUUUGAUCCCGAUUGUCAGCCGCCUCUGCCCUUGGUGGAGCUGCCGGAAUAUCUGAACCCAUACUAUCAAGAUGGGGUGCACAUUUACGCCAAGAUGAUGACCAUGCACCCGGCCAACAAUGUCAAAGCCAUGCCAGCCAUGAACAUGCUGGAAAAGCACAUGGUGGCGGGCCAAACGAAGACGAUCAUCGAAUACAGUUCAGGGUCUACGGUGAUCUCGAUGUCGAUGAUCGCGCGCGCCAUGCAUGGGGUCCAGGAUGUGCGGGCGUUUCUCAGCAACAAGACCAGCGAAGCGAAGCUGCGCCUGAUGCAGUUCUUCGGGCUCCAGAUUACGCUCUUCGGCGGACCGUCGCAGCCGGAGCCGUUUGACGAGCGCGGCGGCAUCCAGAACGCGCGGCAUCAGGGGCAGCAGUCUACGGCAGUGCUCAACCCCAACCAGUACGAGAACGACGACAACUGGGGAGCGCACGUGCGGUGGACGGGCCCCCAGAUCUUCGCGCAGCUACCGGAGAUCACGGUGCUCUGCGCGGGGAUGGGCACGUCGGGCACGAUGACGGGGCUGGGGACGUAUUUCCAGCAGGUCAAGCCCUCGGUGCUGCGACUGGGGGUGUGCACGGCGCCGGGCGACCGGGUGCCAGGGCCGCGAUCACUGGCGCUGCUGAAGCCGGUGGAGUUUCCCUGGAGGGCGGCAGUGGAUUCGAUCGAAGAGGUGAACUCGCACGACUCGUACACGCGGUCGCUGGAGCUCUGUCGAGCAGGCCUGGUCUGCGGGCCAUCGUCCGGAUUCAAUCUGCAAGGGCUCUUCCAGAUGCUGGAGAAGCGACGGACGGCCGGGACGCUGGCGGAGCUGGCGGGGGCAGACGGAUUGGUGCAUUGUGUGUUUCUAUGCUGCGACCUGCCGUAUCAGUACAUUGGUGAGUACUUUGAGAAGCUCGGAAAGGAAGAGUUCCCAGCGAUCCAGAACGAGCAUCUGACGCAGGUGGACGUCUACCGCUACGACGAGAGCUGGGAACGCAGCCCGGUGGUGCUGUUUACACAUUUCUACGAGAUGCCCAAGGCAUGGAGCGGUCCGAGUCUCCUCGGCCGCAUCACGCUGCGAGCGCAAUGCAGCGUGUUGGACCUGCGAACGGCAACGGACUUUGGAUCUUGGCAUCUGCCCGGAUCGGUCAAUGUGACACUGCAGAGUCUGGAUGCACACACGCCCAAGCCGUUCUCGGAUCCGAGGGUGUUAGAAGCACAGUGGAGGGAGCUGGAGGGGUUGUUCACGCCCACGACGGUCAAAACGCUGCAGGGACGCCAUGUGUUGGUGGUGUGCUACCAUGGGGACACGGCGCGCGUGGCUACGAGUGUGCUGAGGGCCAAGGGGAUUGCAGCAGACAGUCUGCGUGGGGGAUAUCAAGCUCUGCAGGAUCAUGGCAUCUGGGGGGACACAGAAACGCCAUCUUGUCAGGUGGAGAGGCAAUAUCCUAUAGUAGCGACGAAGUAUGAAGCAGACCACGUCUACGCCCUCAAUACCGUCUACUUCCUCAUCGCCUUCAUCGCCUUCUUCACUCUGCGCCAUCUCCUGUCCUAUCCUCCCCUCCAGCGACAUAAAAGGAAUAAUCCCAUCCAACGAGCCAUAUCCACCGUCCGAUCCAUCUCCUACCGCUCCCUUCAACCGGGCACCCCCUCGCUGGGCGUCCUCCUCGUUCUCGGCGUCGGAUUCCUCUUCUUCCUGCUUCUCACCCUGGUCCCCCAGCCCUACUACUGGCCUCGCAAUGCCUCCUACGGCAACAGUCCGCCCAUCGCCACGCGCACCGGAUGGAUGGCUUUGGCCCUGCUCCCUUUCGUGCUGGCUCUCAGCACCAAAGCCAAUCUGGUCUCUGCCCUGACCGGCAUCUCGCACGACCGUCUGCAGGUCUUCCACCACUGGACCAGCUACGCCAUGUUCGUCCUGGCUCUCGUGCACACCUUUCCUUUCAUCAUCUUCCACAUCCGAAAGGGCGAUAUGGUCCAUCAGUGGCGGUCCAGCGUCACUUACUGGACGGGUGUCGUGGCCUUGAUCUUUCAGACGUAUCUGACUGUGAUGUCGUUGCCUGCGUUCCGUCGUCGAUACUACGAGUUCUUCAAGGCGACUCAUCUCCUCGCCGCGUUGGUCUUCGUCCUUUUUUUCUUUCUGCAUUGUGACUUCCGGCUGUCCUCGUGGGAUUAUUUCAUCGCGACGGGCGCGUUGUAUCUCUUCUCUCUUGCUGUUGCGGGCAUCAGAACCACCUUGAUCCACGGGCGUCAUCGCGCUCAAAUCGACCGUCUUCCCUGUGGACUACUACGUAUUACUAUCCCCACGGUGGUGGUCUCCUGGACGCCAGGUCAACAUAUCUUUCUACGGUUCUGUACGCCUCAACUCGGUCUGCACUGUCUCACUGCCCAUCCGUUUACUAUCUCCUCGUUAACACAUGACCCCGUCGUCACGGGCACCCCCGCUCAGAUGAUCUUCUACUUGAAGCCGCAAACAGGAAUCACAGCUCGAUUAGACCGGUUGGCUCAACAGUCCCCUGGAUUUCAUACCACCGUGCUUCUCGAGGGUCCGUACGGCGGGAUCCCAGACACAACCGGGUCAUCGUUCGAUACGGUACUAGUCAUCGCGGGCGGAUCAGGAGGGGGAUUCGCUCUGAGUGUUGUGUCGGAUAUCUGUCGGCGAAAUGCCCCGGAAAAUAUAAAUAUACAGAUCGUUUAUACGAGUCGAUCGACAGAUAUGGCCCGUUGGUUUCGGGAUGAGAUUGCAGAAAUUGAUGGGCAGAGUGUCGGUCAGGUUCGGAUUCAUGAUACUUCUCUUUUUUCCACUUCUUCCAUUUCUGUGUCUGGUAUGCAUGGGGAUAAUGUUGUUGAACUCGAGAAGAAUCUGCGCGAGAAUCAGAACCAGAUUCAGUCCGAGGUAAAGGCAGAGGCAGAGGCAGAGGCAGAGUCAAUCCAGCGCGGUCGACCGGAUCUCCACGCCGUUGUCACACAGACUGCAACUACGGCCACGGCACGAUUGGCUGUGUAUGCCUGUGGUCCGGCCUCGAUGCUGCAUGAUGUGCGAAAUGCGGCGGCGGCGGCGCAGGGAAAGGCUGAGUUGUAUUUGCAUACGGAGGCAUUUUCAUGGUGA